AAUUUCUUCAGUCUUCGUGAGGUGUUAUUCGUGUAAACAACUAUAACCGCACAUCUCGUUUGGCUCUUAUUAGAUCAUACCAUUGAUUAACACAAAGGAAUUUUUCUUUUACAAUUUUUUUUUUCUUCAAAAUUCCAACAACAACAACACACUGUUCCCGCAAAGGAUUAAAUAACUCUUUAAGAAAAAAAAAAAUUAAGAUUACAACCACAAUUCUAACUCUAUCUAGUGUACUUAAAAAAAAAAAAAUAAAAAUUAAUCACCUGAAAAGCAAUACUUUUUAAUCAAUAUAUCUAUAAAAAAAGAAAAAAAAAAAGAAAAUAAUUAGGAUAAUAUACAACUUACAAUUAGUUCAUAAUUAUUUUCACGCAAACGUUUCAUAUCUACCUAUACCCAAAACUUACAUCCUUAGAAUCCUUCGUAUAAAAAGACAUUUAAAAGUAGAAGUCUUGGCUUUUGAUUCUUUUUCCUUAAUUUUUUUUACACUUGGUAGUGUAUUUUUUUAUAUAAAUGUUAGUGUAUAUGUGUGUACGUGCGUAAUUAAUUUCACUAUAUUGUGUCGCCGUUUUUUGCACUUAAACGUUAAAUAUAAAAAUAAAGAUUUUUAUUAAAAAUUAAUUAAAUAAAUAAAAAAAAUUAAAAAAAAAGUAGAACGUAGAUGAAAAAAAUUACAUGGUAGUGUUUCCUUUAUACGAAUACAAAUAAAAAUACUAUCUGCUUAAUUAUUAAGGAUAAAAAUCAUCUUAGCUUUAAUCAAAAGGUACGCCUUGACUUGAUGUCGUUUGAAUAAGCCUAAAAGUAUACUUCAAUAUAAUUCGCUCUCUCUAUCUAUGAGAUGAAUGUCAUGAUAAAAUCCAUCUGAGCUUUAUCUUUCGUACGUAUAGCUUCUUCCGGUGUGAGUGUAUAUAUGUGUGUGUGUAAAUUGUACAUUCGUUCGUUUGUUUGUAAGUUCGUCCUUACAAAGGGUCCCUAUUAUCCCUCUACUUGAACUAUCUUCGGUACCUUAGUGACCUUACACAGUUUUUUUUGUGUGUAGUGUGCAUGAUGAAUAUCUCGCUGCCUUCAUUUCGCUUGUUGAAUAUUAAUAUUCCAUAAAAAGAAUAAGACCCAAGGGUGUGCAGUAGUAGAGGAUAUCCUACUACGCCUGUUCAUACACUACACUUUUUAAACUAAAACAGAAAAACACAAAGGGGCAAGUCGAAAAGAAAGGAUAAUCGUAUGCGAUUCAACAGUGCUCCCAUUCAGUCGUCUCCACUUUUAAUGGACAUAGGAAAGUGGAAGGUGAAAAAAUAAUAAAACAAAAUAAAUAAAAAAAAAAUAAAAGAGGAAAAGAAAAAAACUGCUUCAAAAAGGAUACCUUAUAAAAGAAAGGACACAAAACCAAAUCCUUUCAAGUCGACCACUAUACUAUAUUAUAAAAACCGACCGAAAAGUGUUUUUGUUCGGUACUCUCUUUCAUUUUUCGUUCGUCCUUUAGUAUUCGAAAAUGUGAGAUGAUAUUAUACUCUACUACUUGCUAUCGACAACGAAAACGACGAUGACGGUGACCUAAUUUUACGUUAUUCGUGUGUUCGUAUUAUCGUUUCUCGUUGUUUUUGUUUCUCCUUCGGUUCCUCAUCAAUUCUCUGUGUGUGUUUCUCUUCGUUUAACGGUUCUUUUUUUUUUGUUACUCUGUGUGUCUUCUUUGUGCUUCGUGCGCCCUUUUGUAAAAGCAAGGGCUGAAGGCUGAGAUCCAUUUUAAAUGUUAUUUGUAUGAUUUUUGUUUUUGUGUUCAAGUGGAAAUUUGGAUGUUUUUUUGGCGUGGUUUUUUUUUCACUUUUUAUCUUAGUCCUUUUGUGAAAGGAAAAAAUACUCGUAAUAAAAAAAUACAAAACAAAAUUAAAGGAAAAAAAAAACAAAGUAAUGUAAGCAAAGCACGCGACUAUACAUAGUUAUAAUUUUUGUGUGGUAUUAUUAUUGAGAUUGAUGAAAUAAAUACACAAAAAUUCUUGGUGUUUUUGUUUGUGUUUCUAAUUACCUAGUGGAUUAUACAAUUUAUUAAAAUCGUUAGUUUUAAUAUUAAUAUACAUAAUAGUAACUAUAGUAGUAGUAGAAAAAAACGAAUAUAUAUAAUAAUAAUACCUACUUAAUUAAUAAAUAAAUAAAAAAAAAAAAGUGAAAUUUCAAUUAAGAUUAUUAUGGGUGGAUAUACUACUUCCUGCAUAAUGGAUUAGGUGCGUUCGUGUAUUAGUUUUUAUGUGUACAUAAAGUUAUGCAGAAAUAAACCCAAUUAAAAAAUACUUGUGUGUAACAUACCUACCUAAAUAAUUAUUUUGGAAAAAUAAAAUCGGAUUUAAAUGGAAUUUUUGUGCAUUGAGAAUUUAACUGGACUAAAUUUAUCUUAUUGCCAAGGAUUGAGAAAAGAAUGACCUCUUCAGGACAAGAACAUUUAUUAGGAAUUAAAAACCAGAAUAGCAACAUCCAUUUCAAAAAAAUACCAAACUCAUAGAAUCCCCCAAAAAAAAGUUCUUCGAAACAAAAGAAAACAAAUUAAAACAUAAUUCCAAUACCCCAAACAUAGAUCCAAUCGAUGGUCUAUGGCAACCAAUCUAAAACGCUUAAUUCGAAACUACAAAAGCUGUAGUGACUAUGGCGACAAAAUUAGUUAUUUAUCUAUUAUUUUUCGGCUUAUAUACGGUGCAAAUUGGCGGCCAAAUGACCAGUGAUCCAGCGCCAGGUCGAUCGCCGGGACCGCCCGGUGGUAUAACGACCAUCGACGACGAUGCGCAUGGCUCAAGUGGAAAUAUAAAAAGUACAACAUUGUUGCUAACCAAAGAUCCGACUGAAAUUGAUGAUGACGAUGAUGAGAAUAGCGACGCCACUGGUGAAUAUACUAGUGAUUCCGAAUUGAGUAAAUUGAAUGAGAUAAAACCCGACGAAGACGACUUGCCACCAUCGCUGCUGGAGGACGAUGACGACGACGAUGAAAAUGUUGAGGACGAAAACGACGAUGAGGUUAUACAUCAUUCAGGGGGUACAAUAAAUGUACACAAUGAAUCCCCAACAGGUGGCGCUGGUGGCGAUGGUAAUGGUUGGAGUCAUGGCGGUAAUAACAACGAUGGUAGUAGUAGCAGUAAGCCUUGUGUAAAUGAAUUAAGCGAAUUUCUGAAUGACGCCAUUGUCGUGGAUAAGGACAAUGUCGAUGCAGUGUCUGUGGAUGGGAAGAAUGCUACCACAGAGGAGAUGUUUGCCGAAGCGAAGAGAAUUCACAUUCAACUGGAAGUCAUGCAUGACAUAUUUGACACAAAGGAGGGGUUAAAUUGUGGACUGCUUUAUCGUGUUCGAUUGAGAUCAUCACUGGUAGAUGGCACACCUUUAGCUGGGGAGUUUUUUGCGGAAACCCUUUCAGAAGGUGCCAAUAGCAAGAAACGAGGACACUUUGUUGAGCAUUCUUUAGGCGGCAACAAGUCGCCGAUUUCAUGGCUGAAAGCACCACAACAAAAUGUCCGCAGCGGCGGCGUUGGCGCUGCUGGUGUAAAUUGGGCUUCUGAGAAUUAUAGAGGCGCUACCGUCGCCGAAGGCAGUAGAAGUAGAACAACAUUUAUCACAGGUAGCCAAGGUGUGACGAAUACCUUUCAGCCAUUUGCAAGUCAGUGGACAGAAAAUGUAAGGAAUUCUUUAGACGAAGAUAGUGGAAUGGAAGGAGACACAAAGUGUUCGGGUGAUAACACGUGGCAUGGGAAGAAUGAAAUAGCUGAUGUGGGGAAUGGUGGUUACUCAACUCUAGCUAAAGACAAACAAAGAGUGACUGAGUCGCAGAAUUUAUGGAUUCUAAAUGAGUUUUGUGACCAGGCGGACGAUAUUGUUGAAUUCAGAAUAUUUUUUCGCCCUGCAAAAAGAGGGACUAUCAACCACAAUAUCAACAGACGACAAGUUCCCCCAUCAUCGCAUAUGGUCGUUUUUAAGACUGUAUUCUCAUUAAAGAUUGUAAAAGACUGUCAACUAACACUUCGAGAAACGUCAGGUACAUUGGACUACACAACGUUACCACUCUACAGCACCGAUUGUACGGUGCACUUUCCGUCCUUCCAGAUGGCCACCCUGGGCCAACUACCACCGGGUAUCCUUGUCGAGCUGACACGCCUCAAUGUGCCAUGCAACAAUGAGGGUUACUUAAAAUUCAGCAACCGUUCACAGUUGUGCGGCAAGCUCGAAGAGCUCACACUUUCCGAACGGACGUAUCACUUUGAUGUGCUACGAAAAACUAGUGUUAAGAUUUAUAAAAAUCCUAUGUUUAGCUUAAAUUAUAAAUUAGUGGAUUUCUGUUAUAACGUUUCGUUGAACAACGAGAGCGGCCAAUUUUAUGUUCGUCCGACGCGACCCGACACAUUCGAGUGUUAUUUUCGCAUUCAUUUGCCGUACGGCAACCGCAUUCAAUUACAAUUAGUUACGAAUAAUGAUAGUGACGUAGUUAAUUCGAACUCAAAUCCUAGCCCGCCAUCAGCAGAGGGCGCCACCACCACCACCACAAUCACCACUUCUUCCUCCACAACCACCACAACGACAACACAAAUGGCGGCUAACGACCGUGACGCCACCACGAUUUACACGAGCCUAGGUCUAAGUAUCGAAAAUAAUAUUGUUAAUCUAUCUUUAAGUUCGCAGAACGAAGUAUUUGAUAAUAGAACGAUGAUGCCAGAGUCUUUGUCGCGCAGUCCUUCGGACUCAAAUAUAAAUAAUCUGUACAAUAGUAAUACUGGAUUUGCCUCGGAUGAGAGCUCGUUGAUGGGCAAAAUACCGGCCGAGUGCCACGGGGUUGUGAUAAAAAUAUUCGAAAACGAUUCCGCCAAAUGGACGCACUGUGUAAAUAGUACAAGUGAUGUGAGUGGAUUCUUUGUUGAAUCAUCGGGCAAUACGUUGAAUGUUCAUUUGUUUCGGCCGGUUCGACUGAAAGUUUUUAGUAUGGUGCCGCCGGAAGUAGCAAGUGUUUCUGGUCAGCAGGAUGAGAAAGAUACGAAUGAACUUGCGCAACUGCCGUCGAUUUAUUUGUCGUAUGCGACAAAACCUAUUGCAGAAAUUGUUGCAGACUGUGCCUUCGGUUGGAUUGCUCUGCAACAAUUCUGUGUGUGUGCUAUAGAGAAGCCUCAGCCAUGGGUGGAGGGGGAGAAACACUGCGCUAGUUUAGGGGGACACCUGGCGUCAAUACGCAGCAAAUUAGAACAAAGCAUUAUUGAUAAUUUGCUGAUAAAUAGUCCUGGAUACCAUGACCACUUUGCCUACUGGGUAGGAGGUUCAGAUAAAAAUUUCGAAGGCGAUUUUCGAUGGACUGAUGGACUUCCAUUUCAGUAUACAAACUGGUUUCCAGGCUGGUCCCAGCAUGGUAAUUAUAAUAAACAACCAAAUGAUGAUGGCCUAAGCAGCCAGGAUUGCAUUGAAUUGCGACGAUAUUUUCGGACUCCCCCUGGAAUUCAAUCAACUCGAAGUCCUAUGACGAAUAAUUUUAUGUGGAACGAUCGAGAUUGCAAUGCAAAUAAUUUUAUCAUCUGCGAGAGACCAAUGAGUGAUGAAACAUUUCGGAAGAACUGGGUAAAUGACUGUAACAAAACCGUAUCUCUCACAAAAGAGCAUCCCAGAGCGGCGGUAUGGAGUCCUUCCUUUCCUCGCCAAUAUCCAGACAAUGCAAAUUGUUUCACCACAAUAACAGCACCAAGUGGCUAUAGAAUAGUCCUGGAGUUUGAGGAAUUAGUCAUCGAAAAUGAACCAGGUUGUACAUACGAUUAUCUGGAAGUAACCGAACCAACCAUCAAUAGCGGCACUAGCAAUCCACAUUUAGGCAAUUUUAAUAUCGAACAAAAAUUUACAAAAUCUUCCAGCAGACAUAAUAACAACAACAACAAUAACAACAAACUAAAAAUACCACCAUUCGCCAGCAGUGGUAUUUUAAACACAAACAGCAAUCGAGACUUUCAGAAGCGAAGUUCUUAUGAAAACCCUAGCCUUAGUUUUACUUCUAGUAGCAUGAAUGCAAAUAGUUUUAACAAUUUUAAUAUCGCUCAAUCUAACUACCAAAACUUGUUGAAUAUCUUUUCGAAUCUCUACAAACCGCAUGCAAAUUUUUUAAUACAAACUCCAGACUAUCCCAAAGGCAAUACUUACUAUCCAACGGGGAAGAAUAGCAAAAACGAUGAUCUGCCAAAGCGAUUGUGUGGUGAUUGGAGUUCUAAAUUGAAAUUAUUACGUCACAUAUCGGGUGGCUCGUAUUUGGGAUUGCAUUUUGUGUCGGAUUAUUCACAUCAUUUUGGGGGAUAUAAGGCGAAAGCUUUUAUGGAAAAUAGUAUGAAUAUUGCGAUAGGAAGUCACCUGCGUGGUGCUUCGGAGUGUGCCAAUGAAAGACUACGACCAUAUAAUGGUUCAUGUUAUCUAUUCGUAUCAUAUCCAGAAGCUGAUUGGUGGACAGCGCAACAAGUCUGCCGCGGCAUGGGUGCUAAAUUAUCAUCGGUUUCAUCAGCUGAUGAGCAUAAAUUCAUAACUUCCAAUAUACGAAAUCACAUCGAUUAUUCUCCACAACUUGUUUAUUGGCUGGGAGCUGAGUUGGAGAAAAGCGGUCAAUUUGAAUGGACCGAUGAUACAAAAAUGAGUUUUCAGGGUUGGUUACCAGGACAAGGCCAAUUUGAUGAAAUCCCACAUGAUGCCACAUGCUUGGGUCUGCAAUGGAAAAUGUCUCCAACACCCAUGCUACCAUCUGGUCUCUACUGGCAAUCACAAAAAUGCAACAGAGUGGGUGGCUAUGUCUGUAAGAAACCCAAAGAAUCCUUCAGUGAGUAUGCACUAAGUAACUCAACAGUAAUGGGUACUGAAGGAAGACUCAUCUCACCAGCUUACCCAAAUGCAUAUCCGCACAACAUCGACUAUUGGAUACACAUCAGAGCACCUGAAAGAACUCGCAUCAUAGUGCAAUUCCAAAAGAUCGACCUAGAAGCACAGGAUGAGUGCCUCUACGACUUCAUUAGCAUUCAAAACUACGAGUUAGUAUCGAAAAUCUCUCUCGAACCGGGCACAAAUCCCAUCCCGAUGGCCAUGUUCGCUGAUGAACGAGAGUUUAAUGAAGUUCACUAUGAAAGUAAUCACAUCGCUUCCUCAUCCUCCUAUACCAGACAAACACGAAGUUUACCACCAUUGUCGUCAACAGGAGCAAAGGUUCAUAGUGUAACUACUAAAUCCACCGAUGAGGAUUUAAUGACACAACCCGAUAUGCAAAUGAGAACUGUCCUAGAUACGCUGGUGGUGGCGUCAGUCGCGGAUAUCCGCAACAACAGAUUGCAACAAGAUGACAGUGAAACCUUCAACUCGGCUGCAACAACAGCAGCUGACAGUGACAAUAGCUGGAAAAAAUCAAAACCUCCACCAGCGUCAUUGAACGACAAUGGAAACCACGCAAAUAAAGUGCUAUUAAAUCCGAAACGACAUCGUCGAAAAAAUCAUCAGGAUAUUGAAAAUAAAUUGCCACAACAACGGAAAGCAAAAGCAUCAGAAGAAGAAGAGCUACAGCAGCGCCAUCAUCAUCAUCAUUUGAGUAAACGUAGCACUAUUUUGCGGUCAAUUCCGCCCGCUGACAAUGCACAAUCCUUUUUGCCCUACGUCCGUUGGUGUGGAUCACACGACUCGAAUAUGUCGAAAUUCGAUUUUGUGUCCAGCUCGAAUCAGGUUGUGUUGAAUUUCCAUAGUGACUACUCGGUGACGGGCCUAGGGUUUGCUGCUGUAUGGAAAGCAAUCGAUAUGUCCGGUUGUCCUAUGCAAACUUUGACCUCUCGCGAAGGCACAGUUUUGAGUCCAAAUUAUCCGCAUUUUUUGUUGAACAAUUUAAAUUGUGCGUAUGUCAUUCAGGCGCCAAUGGGUCGACGUGUGUGGUUGGAAUUUAUUGAGUAUGAUUUGUUGAGCGAUACUCUGUUGGAGGUGGAUAUUGGUAAUGGGUAUUUUCGUCCGUUUCGCACAAGAAAUCAUGUGAAUGAAGGGAUUUUUGUGAGUAUAAGGGAGCAAAUAAGAGUUCAGUUGCGAACGGGACAGAGGCCACGUGGAAGGGGAUUUCAGGCUGUUUAUCAUACAGUUGCCCAAAUGGAAAAGGACCGUGUGAUAAACCUUACCAACAAUUUUACCGGCUAUUUGUAUCAAUUGAACUAUCCGCACAAUUCACCGGAAAACGUUGAUUUUACUCAGCACCUGGUCGCCCCAUUCGGUGACAAUAUACUACUCGAAUUGCAUGGCGUUGAGUUCAGUGACAACGGUUGCCCGGGCAAUAAUGUAAUUGAGAUAUAUGAUAACUAUGCCGACUACAAUGGCACCAAGUGGCAACUAUGCAAAUACCCAAAUUUGACUCAGCUAGAUGAUGAACAAUAUGUUAGUAGUACUGGCAACAAGCAUCAGGAGCAUCAACAACAACAACAACAACAGCAAAAUCCUGAUUAUCCUUUAGAACCACAAUUGGCUCCAGUCUACAUAACAUCAUACCUGAAUACAUUACACAUCCGGCAGAGGACUUAUUCCAAAUCAGAUAUCAAUUUGAAUGGAACUGUAAGGAUCCAACAAGAUAAUAAUUACAAGUUAAAGCUUGCUUCUGGCGACAAGUCAGUGGAGUCAUGUCAGCUUAAUCCUUGUCAAUUUAAUGGGAAAUGCGUUGCAAAAAAUGGAAAAAAUCACUGCCAGUGCCAAGGGCAUUAUACGGGAAGAUUUUGCGGAUUGAAUUCUUGCGAAUUAGAGCCCUGUGUUUUUGGAAAGUGCGAAUUAACUGCUACCAACUUCAAGUGUCACUGUCAAACGGGUUACCAAGGAAACACUUGUGAGCACAAAAUUCGACCAUGUGCUGACAAUCCUUGUGAAGGACGUGGUGCGUGUUUCGAAAAAAAUGGUGGAUUUUUUUGCCGCUGUCAUGCAUGGUGGGAAGGGCAUCGAUGCGAACGUCGCAUGUUGCAUAUCCCCUACAAACCGCUGUCUGAACGAAUGCUCCAAGAGCCAUUUUGGCUAGGACUCAUCACAGUGUUUGUCGUCCUGCUGGCCAUCGGUUUAGUAUGGUGUGCCAAACGUCAUUUCCCCGAGAAAAUUGAAAAACUUCUCGCUGAGGAAGCCGACCGAAACAGACCACCUGGUUCAGUACAUGGACAUCAUCAUCACACAUCACUUCGAGAGCAAUUGCAAUUUACUACAGCCAUACCUCAGACAACAACAAAUAUCGCACCGGGGGCGCCACGGUCCAUAUUCAACAGAUUGGGUAUAAGAAAACCGUCUCUUUUGAGCCUCAGCAGCCCCAAUCCCACCGGAGGGGCGACAGCCCGUACUUUUUCGCUAGAUGAUUUAUUACGACCGCCUCCCCGACGUUCACCGUCACCCCGAAAGAAACGCAACAAUUCAACACCAGUGAAAAAGAAUGCCGCCGAAAAGAAACAAAUUCUUCAGCAGCUAGUCUCGCCAGCAGCAAAUCCACCAAAACCAAAAGUUAGCCUUGGCGAAUUGAUACAAAUGUCAGAAAAUCGAUUGCGUGCUGCCAGCACUCAGGACUCAGAGAGUGGUGAUAAAGAAACGACUUUUUCGGAAAAUUCUGGAUCAGCUGCAUCGUCAUCGGCAGCGGUAGCUGUUACAAGUGCUAUUAGUGAUCCAAAGUUGGAGAAAAAAGUGACAUUUGCUAGAUUGCUGAAUAAAGUUUCAGCUGAAAUGAGUUCCGGUUCGGAAAUGGAUGUUGGACAUUUUACACGGAACUCAAGCGCCCUAAGUCUACCAACAGACAUCCAAUUCCGAGCUAGUUCAAUGCCCCCAUCACCAUGCACAAAUGACAUGCGCUCACCGCACAGCACCUCAUCAAAUCAGGGAAGCGAUUCAUUAUCCAGUUCCGAUCUAGCACUAACCGAUAUCGGAAUGCGAAAUAUAAUGCAAUUCCAAAAUAGUCGCAAUCGAACACGGCCAAAAGUCUCGAGUGCGGAUUCAAUACUUGCGAUGUUUCGAAAUUUUGCCUCAACAACAACAACUGCCUCAAACACUGCAACAAUACCAUCCAAUUCAUCAAUGUUUGCAUCACCAUCAACUACACCGACUGCCUCUAGUCCCCAGGAUGAUGUACCCGGUGACGAUGAGUCUUCUACAACUACAUCCUCAAUGCACACACCCGUUAGCUUCUCGAGCGGUGCACCCGAUUCGCCAGUAUUCUAUAGACAAACAACUAUCGAAGUACCUGUCCUCGAUGCCCUAAGCGCCCACAAGAGCAGUCCGACUAAUUCGAAUCUUCUACACCCACCGACAAUUCUAUUGGAAAUCCCUAGCAAUGGAAUCAAUAAGUGCCUAUCGCCAAUUCGUGAGAUGCCAACGCCGAUACCGUCACCAGCAUUGACACCAAUCAUGCCGAGGCCACAACGUUCGAUCAGUCCAAUAUUCCAGGACGAUCAAAUGUCAGAAAGUUGUAGCGAUGAUGACGAUCGAAGCAGUGACAACCAAAUUUCGGCAAGUAUAUUCUUGGACCUUGGCCAGAACGAAAACUUCAUGAGCCAUUUACGUGAAUCAGAGAAUAACACACCAACUGAAAUGUACAACACUACUUUCAAGGCGGACGUGCAUAAUCAAAUGUCAUAUAAAUGUCGAUUGCCACAGUCAUCUAUGCCAACGCUUAAGCAACAAGAGCAACAACAACAACAACAGCAACAAAAAUCAUCAACAUUCCUAAUGCCUAGCAUCACAAUUGAUAUAGAACCACCAACACCCGAAGAGAAACAACCUAGACCAAGAGAUUUAGUUAUACCAACAUUGACAGUGGAACAACCAAGUCCAACGAAAAAUCGUUUUCCAAUGAUAAUCUUUCCAGGGUCACCACCUCCCCAACGAGCAAGCAUCGGCGAGACUAGCUUCAUGUUUCCCAACAAACAGCAACAAAAAAGAUUGUUGAAACAAUUCGAGAAGCCUACAUCUCUUGACCUGCAGUUUGUGCCACCGACAAUUACAAUUACCUCAAAUAUGAGCGAGCUUGAGUCUGAUACGGAACCGCUUUCACCAGCUCCAAAGGCAGGUGGGCCAGGGUCACUACUGGCACCUGGCAACCCUGUCGGUAUGUGCUAUCUAAGCCCGUUUACCAUGUGCAGUCGAGCCGAUCGUACUAUAUCGGAAAGUAAUCUAAGCUCGUCGGGGUAUUCAAGCAUGGCUAGCCCAGGGCCAAGUCGCUGUGGAUCGAGUAAUCCCUUAUGUCCGAACGAAAUGGAUGAACCGGGAAGUGGGCAUUCGGGACCGAGUUUGUCACUUCAUGCCAGUCUUCUGAGUCGAAGAAAAAAUGCAGCUUUAGCAAGCUGUAAAGAGAACAUUACAAAUGGAAAACACUCAGCGGCAAAUGAGGAUCACCAAGAAAGAUUACGAGCUCGAUCUGAUUCCGAAACUAUGUCAGACGAUAUUUUACUCGAAUCGAAUGACGAAGGAAUUGGAACGGAUCAUGUUGAUGAGAAAAUCGAUGAUAACCGAAAUAUUGGCAAUCGUAAUGGCCAACAAUUGGGAGUAUUUGUCGAAGAACAAAUAUUGAUUGAGGUAGAUGAGCCUAGUCCGGCUCCAGUUCCAGCUGUUCAAAUGGCACAACUACAACUUCCAUCGAUUGUCAUUCAGAUAGAUGGUACUGACAAGGGACUGUCACCGGUUUCGUCACGUUCCGAAAGCCCACUGAGUGAACGUGCUGGAAUGGGUCGAUUUUCUCCACAUUUCUAUGGUCGCAAAGACCAACUGCCAUUUACUGAUUCAGAUGGUUUGUAUGACUUUCCAUCGUCUGAUGGAAAAGCUGGUACAUACACACACCAACGUAGAAGUAGUAGUAAAAAGCGGGAACGUAAACUUUCCAAAUCAAGCUGCACUCAGUCACCAACGAAAAAUCAACAAAAUGAUGUGUCGGUGAAAGAUUCUAGUACACCGACUACAAGUAGUCAUGUCUGCUCGAAACACUGUCGUUCUUAUCAUCAUUCAUGUCCCGUUAAUGCAGUGACAGCGAGAAAAAGUCCGAAGAGACGACCGGUGAAUAGGCAUACGGUGGCAAGUAGUAGUAGUUCUUCGGAAAGUUUGACAUCUACCAAGGACUUGACAGUCCGAUCGAUGCCUAGACGACUGAAUUCACCAAACAGGGAGAAAAGACUCAGAAAACACGAUAGCAAUAGUGAGGAUGAUGCCGCUGACGCACUGCUAAGACGAAUAUCACCAAGUAUUGUUGUCGCUGAUAAUAAUCAAUCACAACCACGUUGUAAAAUAAAUCGCCUUCGGGCAAUAGGAAAUCAAAUUAGAUUUUUAAGACGCCUUGAAAAAUCAAUCAAAACACGUGAACGUCUUGUAUCACCAUCGGAUAGUUGUGCGGAGGAAAACACAGACGACUUGGAUUCACCCCAAGCUACGUCACCUCUAUUACAACCAACAUCACCAAAUCGAACUAAAGUGGCAUUAUGUCGUCAAAAUCGAAUUCCUCCCGGAUCGUAUAGUUUAUCAAAUUCGAAUGUUCUCAAUCCAAGUAAUUGGAAAACAAGAGAUCGUGGUAUUAUUACUGCAGAUGAUGUUAAUAGUGAUUAAUAUAUUGUUUUAUAAAACAAAAACAAAAAAAAUAGGUAAUUGUUAUAUGUAUUUUAUUCUAAAUGGCGCCCAAUAGAAAACUAAAACACACACAUUCUCCAAUAUUUUUCAAUCGAUAGUUGAAUUUUUUGAAGCGAAUAUAAACGAUGUAUGUAAUGUAGCAUAGGCAAAUAAAAUAAUAAAACACUCAAACUGAUUUAAUGCUAUAAACAAAAAAAAAAAAACAUAAAUAAACGAAAAAAUAUAACAGUACUGUCAAAAAAAAAAAAGAAGAAUAAAUUAACUACCAGCUAAUUUGUGAGCAUUAAAUUUUGGCAAUAGUUCAAUAGUCAAAAACAAAGAAAACAAAGCUAUUCUAAAAAAAAAAAAAUGGCGCCCAACGCUAAAAUAAAAAAAUAAGUUUACUGCACUAUAUCAGAUGUAUUAAACCAUCUGCGAUAAAACUCUAUACAAGUGCACCUAAAAAAAAACUCAGUGUUAGAUUUUUUUUAUCAGUAUACGUAGGAAUAUUAUAAACUAGAAAAAUCAUUGAGCACUUUUUAAAUCAUCAUAAGUGUAAAUAGACACUUUUUUUUGGAAAAAAAAAAACAUAGACCUUAAAAACUAAUAAAGCACAUCGCACGAAAACUUAAAACAUUAUUUUAUAUAAAUUCUUCGAAACAUACAUUAAAAAUAAACUUGUAAAUAAAAAAGUAUAGAAUAAGCAAUAUAAAAAAAAAACUUAAACGUGAUAUGUGAUAAGAAUCUCUGCGCUUGAAUAGCAUAAAAUUCGUGACACUUUACAAAAAAAAAAAUAUAUUAUAUU